CUUGCGAUUGCCGCGUCGCAUGAUUUCUGUAUAUGGAGCUGUAUCAACAGUUCCUGUCGACUGAGGAUAUUCUUAAGAAUAUCAUUGAUGAUGCGAAACAGAACAUUCGAGCAACAUUCAAAGAAAUUACGAAUGCCUUAGGAGACGUUGAAACUCAUGCAAAUGAUGAUGCUAUCAGUGAAGAUGCAGAGAAACAGAUUGAAGAAACCGAAGAUCCCCCACCAAAGCCUGUGGCUAAUCCAAAACGAAAGAUAAAAACGAGCAUACACUCUGCGAAAUGUGAACAUAGUCCCUUGAACCGUUCAAAAGUUGACCUGAAAAUGGAUACAUAUAAAUCACCGGCUAGUCUGUUGAACAACCCAGGAAAGUUAAAUAAGCAGUUGCGUAAUACGAAAAAUAGUCCAAAACAAACGGAGCCUAAAAGUGAAAUAAAGUCUGGUCAAAUUAACGAAGAUAUCUCAGGAACCAAUUAUGUUCAAGUACCUGAUCAAAAGUUAUCAGAGAAGAAACGAAAAUUAUCAAUAGAUACUUCAGACUACCAACCACUUGUUAAACGUGCCAGCUGCAAUGAGACAAGAUUGAUUUCAGAACAAAGUCAUCUGGAAGAUGAUGCAUCAUCUAAAGAUGAAAAGUUAUUGAAUUUAACUAUGUCUCUAUGUCAUGCUCCAACUUCAGCACCGUCCCCUACUAAUACUACGAAAUCUCCUAGCUUUGAGUCAGCUACUUCUGUUCCCGAUUCACCAACUGCUCCACAACCAAAUAUUGUUAAUAACAACAAUAAUGCAAUUGCGAGCAAAUCUCCGUUAGGUGACAUAACAAAUAGACUGAAAACACCCAGUCAUUCCACAUUUUCAUCUGAAACUCAAAUAAAACACGUCCCAAGACUUCCAGUUCUCGCAACUGAUAAAAGAUUUACUUCCCUCGAGAAUAAAACCAAUAAUACGUAUGGAAAGUUUCGCUUAUUUUCAUCUACUGAGAAAUUAGGUGGCGUUUCCAGACUCAAUUCUUUAGUUCAUUCUGUUCACGCACCAAAACCAAGAACAGGUUCAAGAUUAAAUUCUAUCAACGAAAAAGUAUCCGUUAAUUCAUCUUCAAUUGGUUACUCUAAUAAACAAAAAAAUCCACCCAGUUCCGUUCUAUCUGAGAAGGAACAGCGAAUAGAAGCCAAAAGACGCGUUUUCAUUGAACAAAUGGAGAAAAGAGAAGAGCGUUUGCGAGCUUUCCAGGAUGCUAAAAAGCAAAAAAUGGAAGCUCGUAAAAAGGCAAAUGAAGAACGUUUUCUUGCCGUUCAGCAACGAUAUCAACAAAUGCUACAAGGAAAUCAUCUUCAGGAAAACAAUACUUCAGUUAAUUCCGUCCAACCGCAUAACGUUAGUGCAAAACCAUUGCAGACUACGACUCUACCCAAAAAGUGCAUUGUAAAUUUAAAUCCUGUAGAUCAUAAUACGUUAAAAGUACAAUAUAAACCUGUCACAACAAUUAAACAACCCCAACUGAACAGCUGUCCGAAACCUCAACCAAUUUCUAAACUCAACGUAAUCCAACCAACAAAACAACCACAAACUCAAGAGAAAGUAAUCACAACUCAAAAACUAUCACUGAUAAACAGUCCAGUUAUCAAUGAAUCUUUCGAUAUAUCACAGUUAAAUUCUGAUUCGGAAUCAGAAGAUGAUGAACUAAACCUGAAAGUUCCUAGUUGGUGUCGUAAAGGAAAUCCUGAAAUGAUAGCAGCAAUGUCGGAUGUUUAUUCAAAUAAGCUAAAAUGGCAAAAUGAAUUCCUACCUGCAUCAAUGAUAAAUUUUGAUAUUGCUGAUGUGUUCCGUAAUUAUCAGUAUACAGUUCGACCACGUACAAGUAGCGGUAUAUGGAAUACUUCUCCUGGUGCUUCAAAGAGUUCUGUUGGUCGUUCGAUUUUUAAGAAGAUAACUUCAUAAUACAUACUGAGCUCUCAAAAACUUGUACAUCCCCUAUUUUAUUAACAUCUAAUUGUGUUGUACUCUUGCUUAUAUCCUACUUCAUUAACUUUGUUUUUAUUACUUAUAUUAAAUUAUUCGAUAUAUGUAUGAAUCCAAGUAUGCAUAAUCCAUCCAGCUGUUAAAAACUAAACCUAAUUGUAUAUUUAUGUUAAGAUUUAUUAGUUAUCUUAUUUGAGUUAUUUUCUGAAUGAUAGAACGGUAUAUAUGUAGUGUUACUCGGUGUUGCAUUAUUGGCUUACUGGCGUGAAUUGCAAACUUCAGCGGAACGCUCACUAAGUAAUUCGAAAUAAUCAAUAAAAG